AUGAUUCGGUUCUACUCAACCUUAGCAAAAUCUUUACAUUCUGAAAAUUAUUGUAGACUUGUCUCUUUGAUUGACUCAUGCAAGUCAAUGCAAGAAAUUAAGCAGACCCAUGCACAAUUAGUAACCACAGCUCUAAUCUCACACCCUGUUUCAGCCAACAAGCUCCUCAAGUCUGCUGCCUGUGCUUCUCUUUCUUAUGCCCAGAAACUGUUUGAUCAAAUUCCUCAUCCAGACUUGUUCAUUUACAACACCAUGAUCAAAGCACAUUCUUUGUUACCUCAUUCCUGCCACAAUUCCCUUGUGGUUUUCCGCUCGUUAACCCGAGAUUUGGACCUUUUUCCGAAUCGAUAUAGCUUUGUGUUUGCUUUUGGUGCCUGUGGCAAUGGGCUGGGCCUGCAGGAGGGAGAGCAGGUUCGCGUUCAUGCUGUGAAAGUUGGUUUGGAGAACAAUGUGUUUGUUGUGAAUGCCUUGAUUGGUAUGUAUGGGAAGUGGGGAAUUGUGGAGGAUGGCUGGAAGGUAUUUCAAUGGGCUGUGGAUAGAGACUUGUAUUCUUGGAACACCAUGAUUUCUGCCUACGUUGGAUCCGGUGACAUGAGUCGAGCUAAGGAAUUGUUUGAUGGAAUGCCAGAAAGAGAUGUUGUGUCAUGGAGUACUAUAAUAGCUGGUUAUGUUCAGGUUGGUUGUUUCAUGGAGGCUUUGGAUUUUUUCCACGAGAUGUUGCAAAUAGGUCCCAGGCCAAAUGAAUAUACCCUUGUAAGUGCUCUUGCCGCUUGUUCAAAUCUAGUAGCAUUGGAUCAAGGAAAGUGGAUACACUCUUACAUUGGGAGAGGCGAGAUUAAAAUGAAUGAAAAGGUUCUAGCCAGCAUCAUUGACAUGUAUGCAAAGUGUGGGGAAAUAGAAUCAGCAUUCAAAGUUUUCUAUGAGCACAAGGUAAAACAAAAAGUUUGGCCAUGGAAUGCCAUGAUUGGUGGGUUCGCAAUGCAUGGAAAACCCAACGAGGCCAUAAAUGUCUUUGAACAAAUGAAGGUUAAAAACGUUUCUCCUAAUAAAGUCACAUUCGUUGCCUUAUUGAAUGCUUGUAGCCAUGGUUAUAUGGUCGAGGAGGGGAAAUUAUAUUUCAGAUUGAUGGUUUGUGAUUAUGGUAUUACCCCAGAAAUAGAGCAUUAUGGAUGCAUGGUAGAUCUACUUAGUCGUUCUGGUCUCCUGAAAGAGGCUGAAGACAUGAUUUCAAGUAUGCCAAUGGCUCCAGAUGUUGCAAUCUGGGGAGCACUUUUGAAUGCUUGUAGAAUCUACAAAGACAUGGAGCGAGGAUAUAGAGUAGGAAGGAUCAUUAAAGACAUGGAUCCUAACCAUAUAGGGUGUCAUGUUCUAUUGAGUAAUUUAUAUUCAACAUCUGGGAGAUGGAAUGAAGCAAGAAUGCUGAGAGAAAAGAAUGAACUCAGUAAUGAUAAAAAAAAGAUUCCUGGUUGCAGCUCAAUUGAAUUGAAGGGGACAUUCCAUCAGUUCCUUGUUGGAGAUCGAUCCCAUCCUCAAAGUAAGGAGAUUUAUUCAUUUUUGGAUGAGAUGACAAUCAAGUUGAAAAGUGCUGGGUAUGUUCCAGAGUUAGGGGAACUUUUGCAUGAUCUUGAUGAUGAGGAAGAUAAAGAGACUGCUCUGUCUGUUCACAGCGAGAAGUUGGCUAUUGCUUUUGGAUUGAUGAACACAUCAUAUGGAACUCCAAUUCGCAUUGUAAAGAAUUUAAGGGUUUGUGGGGAUUGCCACCAAGCAACAAAGUUCAUCUCCAAAGUUUAUGACCGUGUAAUUAUAGUACGAGACAGGACUAGGUAUCACCACUUCAAAGAUGGAAUCUGUUCAUGCAAAGACUACUGGUAG